GCUGGAAGCUCAUUUGACUUAUCUCCGGCGUAUACUUGGACUUGAUGUUGCGCGUACUCAAAGCCUGAGAGCCUAAAUAGCAGCUAGAUUUCUGAUUGCCUUUCGAUUAAAUAUUUGAUGUAAGCGAAUUCUGUUUGGAUUGAGUUAAAUAUUAAUGCUCUAUACUACUUGGACUACAAAAUUAUGUUAAAUGCUACAAACUUACAGACUGACUACGCCCAUGGCAACUUUAACUAAUAAUUGGCCAUCAAUUGCUAGCUACGCUUAAAGAUUAAAGCUUGACUUGGCGCUUUUCAAAGCGACGACUACAAUAAUAUUUCGCACAGUGUACUGUCUGUUUGUCUUACUCAGCUGGCUUACGCUUUUAAUUGCUGUUGAUGUUGCUGUUGCUGUUGUUGUUGUUGUUGUUGCUCUAAUGCGUAGCAAUUGCAUAAUAAAAAAAUAAUACAUGAAUGUGAGUUGCUUGCUGUUGAAUUUCUUGCCUAGAAUUGCAGUGACAGCCCUCGUUGGCUUCUGGUUUCCGUUUGUUGUUGAUCGAGCCACUUGGCGACCGCAUGCGAGCUGUGGAGGUCUUGGACUUGGACUUCCGUAAAUGAGUAAAGCGCACAUUGGUACAUUAUGCAUAGAAUUUAAUAAAUAUUACGUAUACGCACAUUGCAGCAACAACAACAACAGCAACUUAAGAGUGGCGACUUUGUUAAUAGCUAAUAAUAAUAAUGAUGUUGGUGUUGUUGUCUUGUUGGUGUUACUAUAAUUGCGGCUUUACAUUGGUCAGCUGGCCACGCUGGCGUAUACGUAAUCUGCUCAAAAAUUAUCAGCAGAUGUGCAUUGCAACAGCCGCGCGCCGAAAAUGUGUGCCAAACUUCAGCGUAUAAAUGUCUGCACUCUUACCGAAAAGAAAAUAGUCAACUUGCACCAUUUCGCCGCGUCGGUUUUCCAUCCAACGCAACUACAAACUAUUUGCUGCUGCCUGUCUGUUUUUUUUUUUUUUGUUUAUUUUUUGUGUGAAAAGAAAAAUGUUCCAUUGGCGCUUGAAUUUGGUCCUGCUGCUGGCGCAGACGCUCUACAGCCAGGCGGGCUACAUUGGCGGCGAGCUGGGCGCUGGCUUGCAUGCUGCUGGACUGCUGGGCAACUAUGCAGGCGGCUUGAGCGGCGGCGCAGCUGUCUCCAGGCUGGAGCUGGAGUCGGGCUCGGGUGGGCAUGAGGGGCUUGGCAGCCUGGGCGAUCAUCUAAGCGAGCACAGCUUUCCCGCCGACUAUGGCAGCGGCAGCGGCAGCGACGCUGGCGUCGAGUACGCCGAGGCUAGUGAGCAGCAUGCGCACUAUGAGCAUGAGCAUGAGCACGAGGUAGAGCACGAGCAUGAGCUGGAGCACUAUGAGCAUGAGCAUGCCGAGGCGGCUGUGCCUGGCAUUGAUCACGGCAAGGGCGCCUUUAGCUACAGCACACUGUACGAGUUCAAGGACAGAGAGGAGCAUGAACAUCAGCAGCUGCAGCAUCAGCUCGAGGAGGAGCACAUAGAGCAGCAAGCGGAACUGGAUCAUCAACAUCAUGCGCUCGACUUGCACUAGCACCAAAGUUAGCUACGAAACUCAAAGCACCAAACAUGUAUCCUUCUUCCUUUUUUUUUUGUUGCUAUAAAUAAUGACAUGUGAUUUUGUUUGUUCUGUGCUGCAAAAUAAAUAAAUUCAAAAUUUGAAUGC